AUGUCCUUCAUUCGCAAACUGUUCAGCAGCGUCAGCGAUCAAAAUAACAAGUUUGCUGAUGACCAAGAUGAUGAAGCCGCAAUACAAAGCACAACAAAAACUCAAAACACAAGUAGCAAUAACGGUAAAUCGGUUUUCUCUAGUCAUAACACAGAAACAUUUAAAUCAACAGCAUCCAACGAGCAUUCUAGAGCGCGAACCAACAAUGGUGAAAUUACAACAUCCACUGAUGAAUACGAUAAUACAUCACGAAAUUAUGACACUCUCACUUUUACCGAUGAUCAAUUAAAUAGAGAUUUAGCAGAAAACGUAACUGAAGAUGUUGCUUCGUACCAUCGAUCAACUAUCUCUCAUAGAAGUGCCAUACCAAAAUUUCCCGACAACAAACUCACUGAUGAAGAGAAGAAAUACGUUGCGUUCUGUAUCGAGAAGUUGAAAAAAGUUGAAGGAGUUGACUCGAAGAAAAUUCAAACAAUUGCUCAAAAUUGUGUUCUUCAUGAUCGUUUCAAGUACAAAUUCUUUAAUCCUGCAACGGAAAUGGAUCAAGAUAUUGGUUUUGGUGGAAUGGGAGCAACAAACAAACGUACCAAAACUGGUCUCAGAAUUAAGUUUGUUCUCACUGAGUUGGAUCAAUCAUCACACAUGAGAUUACUAAGACGUAUUGGACAUACUUUAAACUUCACUGGAGAUUCUCAAUUUGGAAUGUUUCAUACGGCACUUAUUGUAGGAAAUUGGUAUGUCGAAUGGAAUGACAAUUCAUUGGCCAUCGUUAGAAAGAACUCUUCAUCAAAGGCUGUUUUUGCUUUUGAUCUUGUUAUUAUUACUAAGGAAGCUGACAUUCACCAUUGUUUAGAUGUUAUUGCAAAAGAAUGUUGUAGAUGGAAUGGAUCUGUAAUGUAUGAAAAUCGCAAGGCAAAUUGUCAGCACUUCACCCAAGCUGUGUUGGAGAAAAUUGGAAUUGAUUUUGAAAGUAAAUUAAAAGGAGCAGCCAAGAACUACAUAGAAAGACUCAAAAAAUAUGGCGUUUGUGACAUGACCAUUGAUUUGACUGAUAAGUUGAAACCACUUUUUAAAAACGUACAAUCUGUCACAUUUAAGACACACGCAGAGUUAGAUAUGUUUUAUAAUACAAUUAAGGAUGCUCUUCCAAGCUAUUUCGACGUGGAUGAGGGUAAGAGUGAUGAAAUUUUAUUGAAAUCUUUUGACAGGGCCUUUUGGCUAAGAAAGGAGUCGUCAAAAGCCUCAGCAGACGAUGAACCAUUAAGAGGAAGUGAUAAUUGUUGCCUCUGCCCUUUCAACCAAUAUGAAGACGUUUUUAAGGUUUAUCUUGAAAAGAACUCCGUCAACAGCAAGUACAGUCUUGGAAAUUAUCUUCCUGAAAUACCAAACAGAUAA